GUGCCUGACAAUAAGCCCGCAUUCAGCAAUCAUUGAGAAAAUGAGAAUACAAUUAUAGAUAAAAAGGGAUAUCAGAGCAGCAAACGGCCUCCUCUCCCCGCAAGCAUCGUGGUCGCCGGGCAAGAAUGUCUCGCCUGUGACCAAAAACGGCAUGAAACCAGCUGCAUUCCAACCUCUUCUUUCCAUCGAUGCUGCAUCUCAGCGCCGAUGCCGAGGCGACCAGGGCACUGCGCUAGGCCAUUCUCCAGCGCCGACACAAUGCUUGCCAAGCUCACAGUAGGCCUAGCGCUGUUUCUCCAGGCGCCGUCGCUGCCCCCCAACUACCGCAAAGUGCCGUGGCGCUCUCUUCUCUCGGCCCCCCCUGGCACUGGUUGCCCUAGCGCAUUAUGCGCAUGGCGGCCCAGUAUGUACUGUCCAUCACUGGUGGUGCCGCUGUCUGGACGCUAGCAGUCGACCCCUGCCCUGCACCAAGCUCUCAGCACACAAAGGCCCGCCACCCCGAAAAAAGAGUCCCAUGCGCUGUUAGCGGCUCCCCAGCACCCUCUCCAGCGCCCCCCAGCACAGGCACCUGGCAGCCACCCAGGCCCUCUUUUUCCCUCCGUCCCUUGGGCGCCCCCAAUAAAACCACAUCGUCGCCCAAGCUCCCCGUCCACUUUCCCGAGUCUUUUUUUUCCUUCUGCCCUCUGCUCUUUCUCCCUCACCUGCUCUCAUCUUGCCACAGGCUUCCCAUUACUUUACCCGCUUACUCUCCGACACUGAUUAAGCCUGAUUGCCUGAUUGCUCUGCAUCAUCAGCUUGCUAUCUCCAUCAUCACUUCCAAACAGAACUUACUUUCCGUUCCACGCGCCAAUAUGCUCAGCAAGGUUGCCGUCCUCGUCGCCCUGGCGUCUUACGCCACUGCACAGAUCCCCGACUACAAGAGCAGCUUGGACAUGCUUCAGGGGCUUGAUGUUAACUCGAUCGACCCUGGAACUCGCAACACCAUGUGUAUCGACCAAAUUAUCACUUGCGGCGUUCUUUGCAAUAACAACAACGACGCCAACACUUGUGACGAGACCACGCUCCAGUACACCUGCACUUGCUCUUCCAACCACUCUUCUCCCGCUCUUCAAUACUAUUCCCAGACUCUGCCCAACUCCGUUUGCAACUUGGUCACCUUCCCCAACUGUAUCAACAAGUACACCGAGGACCACAAGAUGCAAGAGCAGUGCAAGCCCAAGAUCCAGGAUGUAUGCGGCAAGGCCACCUUCGGCAGCUCCGCCAACCCUACCAGUGCUAGUGCCCCUUCUAAGACUAGCGGAACUAGCCAAGACGGUUCUACUGUUAGUACCUCUAGCAAGUCUGCGUUUGCUGCCCCGACUGCUAUCCCUCUGGGUGCCGCCGCUGCUGCCGGUGUCGUGGCUCUCUUCCUCUAAGCACUACCCGCUUGGCUCAUUUGACGCGACGCUGCGUGAAUGAAAUGAGAAUAUCUGCACGAGCGGCUGGUUUAUCACACUAGCCGUACCCAUUUACUUCUUUGUACCGAUUUUUAUGCCAGCCAGUACACUUAUUGCUUUCUUGCGCGACACACGACAUAAUACCUUGACGAAGCAACCGAAGAAAAAAAAAGAGAGAAAGAGAGAAGAGUCUGAGGACUACGACGCCAUGAGCGAGAGAAACCCUUAUGAUGAUUGAAUCUGUUUGUGGAGAAGGCCAGGACAGCCGCCUGCCGCUGGUCGUGUCGACGCAAUUGCACUAUACCCAUGUAUAUCCGUGCCAAUGCUCGUUCACGACGGCUCUGGCUGGCGAUUGGCGAUGUGUUUCGCAUCCUGGGCCGCUGAAAGGAGGCGAGUUGUGUUUUUAUUGAUUGCUUUUAAUUUUAUAUCCACCUUAUGCACCAUAGCAAGGCGAAUAGGAGUAGGACAGAUGGGCUGAGAGCCCUUUUUAAUUGAUACCUUGUAACAGGCACCCCACAUUGUUUAUUAUCGUGUAU